AUGUCUGUGCAUACUUGGGGUGAGAAUCCGCGAGGUAUCUGGCAACUUCAUGUGGAAGAUAAAAGUAUGACAAAUAAAGCAAUGACAGGAAUUGUUAAUAACAUCACGCUGAUUAUUUAUGGUACCGCAGUGGAACCACUGCAUUACAAGACGGGGCGACGUUACCGGAUGAAAAAUGCGACAUCGUCAGAUGCUAUGGAUGUUGGUGCAAAAAAUAUAUGUAAUUUCAGAGUCUGA